AUUCCUGUUAUCGAUAAGUCCGCGGUCACACUUUUUUCCAACGCCGACGCCUGUGUGAGUGAGCUGUGAAUUUUUCGUGUAAAUAAAUAUAAGUGGAGCAUUUUAAACGUUAAAAAUAGUCGAAAUGGGCGGCCAUAACGAUAAUCAGAACGGAAACUCCAACGGCCACGAUGAUGAUAUUACUGAGCCGGAGCAUAUGCGUAAACUGUUCAUUGGUGGUCUGGACUACCGCACCACCGAUGAUAACUUGAAGGCGCAUUUCGAGAAAUGGGGACAAAUUGUCGAUGUGGUGGUCAUGAAGGAUCCACGUACCAAGCGGUCGCGUGGUUUUGGCUUCAUCACCUAUUCGCACUCGACCAUGAUUGACGAGGCCCAGAAGGCCCGUCCGCACAAGAUUGACGGACGUGUGGUCGAGCCCAAGCGUGCAGUGCCACGUCAGGAUAUUGAUUCGCCCAAUGCCGGGGCCACCGUCAAGAAGCUGUUUGUCGGCGCCCUCAAGGACGACCAUGAUGAGCAGAGUCUGCGCGACUACUUCCAGCACUUUGGCAGCAUUGUGGACAUCAAUAUUGUCAUGGACAAGGAGACUGGCAAGAAGCGUGGCUUUGCCUUCGUUGAAUUCGAUGACUACGAUCCCGUGGACAAAGUUGUGUUGCAAAAGCAACAUCAGCUGAAUGGCAAAAUGGUGGACGUGAAGAAGGCCCUGCCCAAGCAGAACGAGAUGGGAGGCGGCGGCGGCGGCGGUGGUGGGUGUCGCGGUCAGGGCGGUCGUGGGGGCGGAAGCCGUGGAUCCAACAUGGGCGGCGGUGGCGGCAGCUACGGCAAUCAGAAUGGCGGCGGUAAUUGGAAUGGCGGCGGUAAUUGGGGUGGUAACCGUGGGGGCAAUGAUAACUGGGGCGGCAACAACAACUUUGGCGGCGGCGGCUAUGGAGGCGGCGGCAACAGCGGCUGGGGAGGCAACAACAUGGGUCCCUGGGACAAUGGCAAUGGCGGCAGCAGCUACGGUGGCGGCGGCUCCAAUUGGGGCAACGGCGGUGGGGGCAACGAUUUCGGCGGCUACCAACAGAGCUACAGCGGCGGUCCCCAGCGCGGUGGCAACUUCAACAACAACCGCAUGCAGCCCUACCAAGGAGGCGGAAACUUCGGCAACAAAGCAGGCGGUGGCAACCAAGGCAACUAUGGCGGCAACAAUCAGGGCUUCAAUAGCGGUGGCGGCAACAGCCGCAGAUAUUGAGGGAGAAUACCAGACGAGGUGAUAAAUUAGAAGUCGCUCAGUAUAAACCCAAAAGUCACAGUCAAGUAAACGAUACGCAAUUCAAUGAGUAUGAAGAAGUAUGAAGAAGUUUUCCGAGCACCACAAACCAUACCAAAACAUGACAGAGAAGAGAAGAGAGUAAUCAGGAUCAGUGCAGAGCAGAGAAGUGGAUGAGGAUGAGGAUGAGGCUGAGGAAAGGAGAGCAGAGCAGGAGAAGAGCAGUUCAGAAAGAGAAAAGAAUGAGAUGAGAUGAGAAUGUGAGAUCAGUGCAGCAGUACAAGUACAAGUACAGAGCAGAGCAGCAGUGUGUGUGCAUCGAUUGAUUACAGAGGGCACAGAUUGAAUAUCAGACAAGGCAUUAUUCAGAGAGAGUCGAGUCGAGUCGAGUCGCACACACACAGCAUGCACACACACAACAACCAGCAGUACACGUACACAGCAGCUGGCCAGGAUUCGAUUCGAUUCGAUUCGAUUCGCUUCGAUUCACUAAUGCUUAUUGCACUUGAUGAUUGAUUGAUUACCUUCUAUGAGACGCAUCUAAACAAUCCAAUACCCCAUAGAAAUAUAUACUUACUUAAAUUCAAACCAUUUGUAGCAACAAUGCAACAACAACAACAAGAACAACAACCAGUAUAAGUAACAUUGUAAAUUAGAUGAAAAGCGCGUACAAGCGAACAUUUGUAUAUCCAAUCUACACAAUUUUUUACCAUCUCUUUACCGUCUUUACCUUACCCAUAAAUGCAAUCAGCUAUGUAAAACUUCAAGGCGGCAGCCGAGAGGCCUCAUUAUUUGUACAAUUUCGAGUAUGUAGCAAUCUGUGCUGUGGCCUGCCGCCAAACAUUUCUGAUAAUCAGUGCGCAGAACACACACAAAACAAACUUAUGAAAAUAUGUAUUACAUUUUACGACUUUCACUAGGCUUAAGUUGUCAUAAUCUUAAACGAGUAGAGUGUGCGUUGCGGCGCGGCGGCAAUGGCAAUCCAUCCUUCACAGCUGCCCCUGCCGCACUCCGCCUUAGCGUUAAUUCACGUGUACGUUUACGAGUACCACACACCACAUUCAGUUUCAAGCGAACUGCUGAACCGAACCGAACCCAACCUUAAUCGUAACCCUAACCGUAACCGUAACCGUUCGGAGGAAUAUCUUAGCUUUCUUGUACGCAUAAGUGACGACAUGGAACUAACUUAUCUCCAAUGUUUAGUUUUAAUCAAGCAACAAUUAAAUGUAAUCUACCUUUUAGAAAUCAGUCUGUAUGCAGUUGUCGUCUGAGGUCAGCGCAAUUAUAAUUAACGAAAUUUUACACAUUAAUGUAGCGAAAUACAAGAUUCGAAAAUACAUAAGUAUAUACAGCAAAUGAAUGAUGUAAAUUCGAAAAGAAAAAACCCAAAAAAAAACAAACAAAAAAAUAA